AUGACUUGCAAACGAUUGUUGGCAGAGAUACACAACAAGAGACAAUUACAACUCAAGACUCUACCAUAUAAAGGUAUCAGUGGUGUAACAUUGUUGGAAAACUCUGAUGUAAAGAUGUUCUACAACGUUGAGGACAUACCUUGGAACCUACCACCUACAGUGACACACCUCGAGCUUGGUCCCAAGUUCAAAAUGCCUUUUGAGCUCUACCUGCCUCCAUCGCUCACAUCACUCAAGGUGAAUAGUAGUAAAGGGCACCAUUGCUUGUUGUUUGAUCAGUUGCCAACAUCAAUCAAGACACUGGAGCUUGGUGAUCAUUUCAAAACCUAUUCAGAAGUGUCAAAUGGUAGGAUACCAACAACAAUCACAUCAUUGUCUCUGGGCAAUGUGUUCAAUCAAGAUCUGCUGCCCAGCCUCCUUCCAUCAUCACUCAUAUCAUUGACGCUGGGUGAUCGAUUCGACCAACGCAUUGGCGAACGAUCACUUCCACUCACAUUGGAAUCAUUAAUGUUUGGCAAAGACUACAAUCAUGAGUUUGGAUUGGGAGUGUUGCCAUCUUCACUCACCUCUCUCUCGUUCCAUGAAUACUCAUUGUACGACAAAGAGUUCAUGCCUAGAGUGUUGCCCAACCAACUUCAAUCAUUGACAUUGGGAGAACACUAUAAUCAGAUGUUUAGAGUUGGAUCUCUCCCGCAAUCAAUCUCGUACUUGUACUUCUCCUCAAUGAUCCCUGCAUAUAAUCAAGAGUUUAAACCUGGUGUACUGCCUGCAUCACUCGAGACAUUGAUUAUUCUUGGCCAAACAUUCAAACAAUCGAUUAAGCGAGACGUUCUACCCAACUCUUUGACCCGCCUGAUGAUUCCCAUGAAUGCUGGCCAUGUGUUUGAACAAGGUGCUCUCCCCAACUCACUCACAUGCUUGACUCUCAGCGCCAAACCAGUGAUCACAUUGGGAAUGUUACCAUCAUCCCUCCAAUCACUCUUCAUCUCAGAUGACUUUAAUGGUGUCAUCCCUGUGGGCGCACUGCCAGAGUCAUUGACCAAGUUAUCGUUUGAGGGUUGUACAAGAACUCAAACUCAUCCAUUCACUCCUGGCAUGUUACCAUCAUCGCUCAAGACAUUGGUAAUGACUAAUUCUAUCGUUCAAAUGUUCAAACAAAAUACCCUGCCAGCUUCAUUGACAGCACUAAAGUUGUAUAAACUCACAUCGCCAAUUCAACCAGGAGUGUUGCCAUCAACGAUCACCGCAUUGGACCUGAGCGAUUUUUAUUCCUUUGCACUGACUACUGAUGAGCUACCACCAGCACUCAAAAUGCUCAAAGUUGGCGGCUCAUCCGUGACAUUUCCAAGAUUGGAGUUGCUAGAGAUUGGUUCGCUGGAUCCCAUCACAUCGAUCAAUUGUGAUUACGUCAAGGAACUGAUGGUUGACAAUAACUUUGAUAGCAAGAAGACAAACAAUGCAUGGCCUUCGACCAAACAACACUUUGGAUCAUUCACCAUUGGCAGCAGAUCAUACAGUUCAACGAUCGAUCCCAAGCAUCGUGUGAAGCAUAUCAAGUCACUGAUCCGAUCGAUACCAAACAGCAACUCUUACAACAUACACUGCAAAGGGUGGAGUGUUCAACUACGCAAGACUGAUCCAUGGAAUACAAUCAUACUCAUGAGUAAAUACGAUGGUGGUGGUUGUCCAGGCGCAGACGAACAACAACCAAUCACCAAGAAGAGAAUAAUGUUCUUCACGUUGGACAAGUCUGGAAAGUUGGUGGCCACAUUGGAGGAUGAGAUCAAUCGAUUGAAACAAGAGAAUGAUCGACUCAACACCACAUAUACUAAGCUUAUUGAAGAUGCAAAGAUGAAGGAGUUAGGAAUCAAUUCAGAUGACGGUGUGAACAAUAGAUUGAAACAAGAGAAUGAUCAACUCAAGUGCAAAGUGGAGCGAUUGGAUCAAGAGAAGAAUGAACAGUCCAAAAAGAUAGAGGCAGUCAACAAUCAACUCAAUCAAUAUUUCAAGGAAUGGGAGAUCAAUGUUGUACCUGCAAGUGUGACACCACCACCAUCCAAGCCUGUUGUUGCCAAGAGUACCAGGAGAAGGAAAUAA